GAAUCUAAUUAAAUCCAAUGUAGUAUGUGAAAUCAAAUUAUAUUGACCGAAAGGAUUUUUGUAACAUAGUGCUCAAAAUCAUGCAUUUUUUUAUUUUUCUAAAUAACUGCACUUCUAUUUUAUGUUAUUGAUAUUUUCGCGAUUGUAUAUUAUCAAUUUUUUUAAAUUUGCUUUGGGAUAACAUAGCCGGAAACUAUGUUAAAAGGUUUUUUUUUAUAAAAACCUACCUAAUCAUUCGGGUAGACCCAUUCAGCUGGGUUAUACAGGGUGUUUUUUUUUUUCGAUGUAUAGAACUUUAAGUUGGCAUUACUGUUCAAGGUGGCGACCGAUUUAACAGCUGUCAAGUGAUUUAUUCUCAGUUUGGUUUGGCAAUUCAUCAUGAAUUCAUCAAGUAAGGAGUAGAUUCGUCGAAUGGGUCCAAAACGAGAUUGCCGUUGUUCCCGAUUUUCAUAAGCGAAUCUUGUUUGGCGAUGAAGCGCACUUCUGGUUGAAUGGCUACGUCAACAAACAAAACUGCCGCAUUUGGAGCGAAGCUAAUCCUCAAGUGUAUGUCGAAACACCGUUACAUCCAGAAAAACUGACUGUUUGGUACGCUUUAUGGGCUGGUGGAAUCAUUGGUCCGUACUUCUUCAAAAACGAUGAUGGCCAGAACGUUACAGUCAAUGGUGAUCGGUAUAGAGCUAUGAUUACUAACUCUUUCAUUCCUGAAUUGAAUAACCAGGAGAUGUGGUUUCAACAAGACGGCGCAACAUGUCACACAGCUCGUGCCACAAUCGAUUUAUUGAAAAACACGUUUGGUAACCGCCUAAUUUCACGUUUUGGACCUGUGAAUUGGCCUCAAAGAUCUUGUGAUUUAACACUGCUAGACUACUUUCUGUGGGGCUAUGUAAAGUCAUUGGUCUAUGCGGAUAAGCCACAAACGCUUGAUCAUUUGGAAGACAACAUUCUCGGUAUUAUUGCCGAUAUACGGCCAUAAAUGUUGGAAAAAGUUAUCUAAAAUUGGACGUCCAGAUUGGACUACAUCCGCGCCAGCCGUGGCGGUCAUAUGCCAGAAAUCAUAUUUAAAAUGUAAUGCCACAAGAUUGUCUUUCGGAUAAAUAAAAUUCAUGUCAAUCGAAUAAACCAUCGUUGUUUCAUUGCAACUUAGAGUUCUAUACAUCGAAAAAAAACACCCCUUAAUUAACAUCUUCAAAGAUAUGCUUGUUUAAAAUCGAAUAAACUUGCCUUGUUCUAAUUUUAAGUGAAUAUUGGAAAUACCAAAUGGGCAACACUUAAUACCUAAAUCGAGUAACCUUUGAAGUCCCAUCACAAAAAUAAAUAAGUCCAUCAAAACCAUCGGUUAUGGUUAACUAGCUAAAUUAAAGUUUUGGUGACGUUAAAUUUUGGAGAAAAAAAGGGAAAUAAUUAAGUUUAUAAAAAUUGCUCUAGAUAAGUAUAAUUAAGAAAAAUUGCAGAAGGAAGGAGUGAACCUAAAAAUGUAAUCGAAUAUAGGAUAUGAUAUUUGGUUGUUAUUUUUCAUAAUACUUUAAUUGUACAGAACAGACUCAAAAACUUAAAUACGUAAUCAAAUCAAAAAAAUAUGUAUGUUUUCUGUUUCUCGUAAACGUCUAACCUACCAUCCUACGUGGUAUGUUAUUACAUGCGCUUCUUGCAUAAAAUGUGAAUCGAACCGAUUUAGAGUGUUUUAGAAGUCUAUCGAUAAGUUUUAAAGGAAUAGUAGAUAAUCAGCAAAAUCCGUAAAAUUUGCGAUCAAUUCUCAAUAACAAUUCACGUGUCAAAAAUUCGAAAAAUUUUUUAAAAUUUUUAUAAUGAAAAACUAUUGCUAUUAAGUGAAGGGACUUCUGAAAGACUGAAAGAAUAUAUCGGGUGUUCCAAUGAAAAUAAAAGAAAAAGACUUAGGAGAUACUCUGUAAAAUACAAUUUUUAAUGCAAAUAACUUAAUAUUUUUGAAAAUUUUUCGAUAAAACAAACUCUCCAGCAGAUAUAAAAGAAUCCCCCAGUAAUGAGCUACCCUGUAUAUCUAGUAGCUAUAUGCUUAAUGCACAUAAAACAGUUAUCACACUGUAGAGCAAGAGUUUAUUAUGCAACAAGUGUAGUAAGCGGCAUUGAGUUACGAAUUUACUUGGCAUGAGUAGAGCAUGUGUUGCACACUAUACUUUUUCUACGACCGUUAGUUUUUGAGUACAUCAGGUAUUUUACAGAGGGGUGCAGAAAAUUUAUUUUGUGCAAUAUAUUCUACAUAAAGGCAUCUACCAACAACCCUCUAAAAUACGUGAGUGUUGAAAUCAUCCUAAAACUUUCAAACUUUUAAUGGUUCUCAAGAUGACGCAAAGAGGACAAUAAAUUUGGGAUGCACUGUACACUCCAGUAUGCAACACAUUAUUCAUAGAACGCAUAAUGCUGUAUUCCUAAAUAACAAUUGACAAUAGCAUAACCUUAUUUCUUUCACCUACGGCCAUAACUAGCAAAAAAUAAAUAACAUUAGGGCAAAGGAAAUAAAAUUUACGUUUGUGGUAAAAUCCAAUAAAUGCCGUAAUCAACGGAAAAGAAUAUGAAAAUAAAGUUACCAUUGCGGAAAACCGUGCCGGAAACCCCAACGUCCCCUAACCAUGAAGAAGAGAAUGAUCUUUGGGGGCAGGCUUUCGCGAUAGCUGAUCAAGAUGGUAAUCCCGGAAGGUGGACUCGGAAAAACAAGUGGUGUCGACCAUCAUGUAUUCCAAUAUCGAUAAUUUGUAUUCUCAUCUUCCUAGUAGUACUGUUGCCUUUGCUAGAUCAUGCUGCCGAAAAAGCAUUACAGGAGUUAAACGCAUCAAAUUCUCUUUGUAAUGCCUGUAGAUUAUCAUUGGUUGAAAGUAUUCCUGAGGGAUUAAUAUAUCCAAAUGACUCUGUCAUACACCCCUCCACUUUUGACACAUGGUCGGAAUUGAUUAGUUCUGCUCAAAAAUCAAUAGAAAUAGCUUCCCUCUACUGGACUCUGAGACAAUCAGAGGUUUAUCCAGAUCCUUCUUCCAUAAAGGGCGAAAAAAUUUUUCAAGCCUUAUUAAAAGCGGGUACAGACAGGGGCGUAACUAUAAGGAUUGCACAAAAUGCACCAUCCCAGAAUUAUCCGAAUAUAGACACAGAGUUUUUAGUUAAAAGGAAAGCCGCUCAAGUUAGGAGCCUGAAUUUUGCAAAGCUAUUGGGCGGUGGUGUUUUACAUACAAAAAUGUGGAUAAUCGAUAGGAAACAUGUAUACAUUGGUAGCGCGAAUAUGGAUUGGAGGUCCAUUACUCAGGUAAAAGAAAUGGGGAUUGUUAUAUAUAACUGUUCUUGUAUUGCUGAGGAUGCCGGGAAAAUUUUUGAUGUUUACUGGGUAUUAGGUGAAGACGGGGCAAAAAUACCCGCCCACUGGCCCAGUAGUUAUUCUACGAAAUACAACGUCAAUCAUCCACUAAAUUUAAUAUAUGAUAACGAAACAUUCCAAGCCUACCUCUCUAGUUCGCCGCCUCCCUUUAAUCCGACGGGCCGCACAAACGACAUUGAUGCCUUAUUAAAUGUUAUCCAGCACGCCGAGAAGUUUGUUUACAUCUCUGUCAUGGACUAUUUUCCAUUAAAGAUUUAUUCUCCGAAAUUGAUUUUUUGGCCUGUAAUCGACGACGCCUUGAAAACCGCCGCCAUCGAACAUAAAAUUAAGAUCAAGCUGUUGAUAAGCAAAUGGAAUUACUCCAGACCUUCUGAAGAUAACUUUCUAAAAAGUAUUGGCAGCGUUAGUAAGACAUAUCCGGGGGUAUCUAUCGAAGUGCGUCGAUUCAUCGUACCUUCAGAUUCGGAACAACAAAAAAUCCCGUAUGCAAGAGUAAACCAUAACAAGUACAUGGUAUCAGAUAACACGGCCUACAUUGGAACGUCGAAUUGGUCCGGAGACUAUUUCACGGACACUGCGGGCGUGUCUUUUCUGCUUCACGAUCCUGUAUUCGACAGGAACGCCAGCCACACAACGAUAAGAAGUGAACUGCAGGCAGUAUUCGAACGUGACUGGAAUUCAGAUUACGCUCAUCCAUUGGACUUAUGAUACAAAGACCUAGUAACAGUAUAUGUGUCGGGAUGUUCGGACGGUGUUAAACACUUUUUUCAUAUUAAAUAGUAAGGUUUUUCUUUAUUAUUCAGUUCUUGUUUUUAUUUAUUUAAUUUUUGGGGAGUCAUUUUUGGGUACUUGAGAAAUUUGUUUGCACACUGGACGUAAUAACUUCUUUUGCAAGAGCUGUAAGUUAAUUUAGUUAAAGAAACAAUACUGUUUAACCCUCAAGAGAGGCACUUUAGCGACUGCGUGAUUCAGAAGUGCAUGGGUAAGCCAUACCCGCGUGUCUUUGAUUAUAUCUUUCCAUUGAAUCAUCUGGUGAAGGACUUUUUUUUUUCAAUUUAAACGUCAGACAGUGUAGAAAAAGAAUAUACCCAUAGAAUGUUUUCUGAAAAAAAGUCUUUCUUAAUACUAUAGAAAAAGUCAACAAAAAUUACAAGAAAACAACAAAGUAUUUUAUUCAAAAUAUCACAUUUAGGCGGAAUUAACAGAUAAAAACUAUAUCUACAUCAACAUUAGUGUGAUUUAUCUUUCGUAAAUCCUAUGAUGGCUUUUAAUUCAUUCAUAUCUACUUAUUUCUUCUCAUGUAGUUUGCUAUCGUUCGAUGCUUCUCUUCAGGGUUGAGUUGACGGCAAUAAAUUUAAUUCCAAUCAAAUUUUCAAUAUAGACGUUAAGAUUAAAAUAGGCUCAUUCAGGGUGUUCCAUUUAAAAUGUUGAUUUUAAAUUAAAUUUGUAUUGCUUUUGGAGAUAUGUUGCACCUGAAUUGUAGGAAUAUUAGGCGAAAAAGAAAAUUUCUUAUACCAUUUGGAAUCUAUCGACCUAUCACUUCGAGCUACAAUAAAACAUAUCACAUAAUAUACCGGGUGUACUUUAAUAAAAUGUAGAAUUUUUGAGAAAAUGUUCUUUAAAUUAUUUAUUGAACAUGUUGAAUAUGGAUCAUCUUUACUGAGUUGCAGGCCGUUUCUUUCAAAUGAAUAAAAUAAUAUGAAAUAAAAUUUCAGGCAGCAAUAGGAAAUGAUUGUAUUUAUUACUAAUAAUUGAUUAUAGCUUGGACCAACUAAACUCUUAAGGCAUUGACGUUCGCUUCUGUUAAAUUUUGCAGCCACACAUGCGAACUAAAAGCCUGCGGAAUUAUAUUUGCCUCUGUCUCCACUUCCAGAUCUUCUUUUUUUACCCACGGUCUUUCUUUAAACACAAUCCAUUUUAAUUUUUGUAGUUUCUUCUAAUUUUAAGUGUUUUCUAAGGCCAUUUUUUGAAUUGUUUUGUUAUUAGAAUGUGCCGAUGAAAUGUAAAAAUUAAAGGUUAUAAAGUUUUUGAGAUUCUGAGAAUUCGCUGAUCAUUCAUAGUCUAGGAAAAAAUUAACCAUUUUCUACCCCACUUAGCAUUUUUGGAAUACAAUAAUUAUUUACUAUUUAUGUUAUUUUAACUAUUUAAGCAGACCUUUAGUGCUUCUGUUGCUUUCUUAGUCACGAAUUUCUUCAAGCAUGAGCGGAGCCCAGCGGAAGAGUGUUUAGCAAACGAACUUCUAAAGAAGUUUAUAAAUACAUCAAUUUUUAUUUAUAUUUAUACUAUAAUACUUUUUACGAAAUUUCUGGAUUUCUCCUGCGUCGGUUUUUGCUAAGUCGAACUUGCUAAUGUUUCGCCAAUCAUCCUGUGGGCUUCUUUAGACCUUGACUGAAACUAUACUAUACCAUACUUUUUCAACGACCGCCACCAAUAAAAUUAAAGCACUGACAAAUGUCAAAAUACCAUAAGCGCUUUUAAAUAUCUACCGAAAACAUCCUUCCUACUCAUCACUUAAGUACAGUGGAGGUUUGAAGGACAUGUUUUCAAAUUUAUAUAAAAAUUAAAAUAAUUUGAAACCAUUUUCAGCAACCUGAGAAAUAGCCUGUCUUCAUCAGAUUUAUAUUCAUCAUGAGUUCACCAAAUGGAAAAUGUGUUAUUGGGAUAUUAAUUUAAAAAGAAAAGGAAAAACUAUUACAGAUUUCUACAAGGCGGUUAAAGUGAAGCAUAUUUAGUUUCGUUAUUUUGUGGUGAUUGAAAACUCUUUUACUUAAAUAUUUAACUAAUGUUUAUAUAUUUUUGCUACUUUUUUGUACUGUACAUGUUUUGCAAACAAACGUUUAGGACAUUAGGACUAGGUGAACCCCCACGUGAAAUGCUUAACUAUUAAUGUCAGAUGUGACCGAAACGCGUAAGAAACCCAAUGGCAAUCUGCAAACAGUGCCUUCACAAUAACUCACUCGAACCACGAUGUUCUCCGUAACUUUUCUUAUUAUUAAUUAAUGCACAAAAUUAGAUUCUUUAUUGGGUAAACCUACAAUUUUUGCCGUGACUUGUAAAACUGUUUUCCGACAAUCAACGCAGUUGUUGAAUACUUCAUAUCCUCUUUUAUAAUAAUCUAAUUGUUAACUUGGUUGUGUUACAUAGUUCAUAAAGUGUUUGUCCCUAUUAGCGUUCAGUAUUGGUGUUGCUUGGAACGUUUUUUACUGUAACAUCUUUUUAUGUUGUGUGCCUUAAAUAAACUUUGUGAUCUUAA